AUGGUUUUCGAUACUUCAUCACCACCGGCUAGUUCAUCUUCAACCAAUCGAAUUCUUUCACUCAAUCGUAUGUUUAAAUCACCACAUGCAUCAACUGGCGAUCUUCCAUUGUCCGAUGAGCGUGAUUUAUCACAAAUUGAAGCUGCUAAUAAGCAUCAACAGCAGCAGCAGCAGCCAUCGAAAUGGAAGAUGAUGUCGAAACGUCGGCAAAGUUGUGCAAAUGAUAUGUACACAACAGCAAGUCGUUAUCAUCGAUCAAAACCGCCGCUGCCACCGCCGACAUUAAAUAAUUUAUCGACCUUGGAUGAAACAUUAACAUCUGUAUCACCGUCUUUUUAUAAUUAUGAAAAAUUUCAUGGUAAAUUAUAUUCCGAUGAUAUGAAAUAUUUUUCAAAUCAAUCAGCAUUAAUAACAACACGUCGUUCAACAACUGACUGUAAUGAUUUAAAAAAUAUGCAUAGACGAAGAUUGGAACAAACAAACAAUACAUUAUUAACAAUCGUUGAUGAAGAAUCGAGAGAUACCAUCUGGUUACCUUCAGACGAUCAUCAUUUAUUGCCGCCAACAUCAAGGUCUGCACAUACUCCUGACACAUCUCUAUCAAUGUACUAUUCGGAUUCAUCAAUGAAUUCAAGUCUGUUGAUUUCGUCUUUCAAUUCAAAUUCGAACAGUAAUGAUCUUCACGAAACAUCAUCUCAAUAUUCCUCGUCUACUUCAUUAUUUAAUGAUUCAUCUGAAACUCCGAAAACUGAUUCAUUAUCGUCAUCAUCUGGCUAUGAAUCGAACGUUACAACAUUGAAUUCGUCAAUAAGCUCACUACCUGAUAGUUUAUUUCUUACGUCACCCGAUUCGAUCAUAAUGCCUCCACCACCGGUUCCAUCUCCCAAACUACCGAACAAUUCCGAUCGUAAUCUAGUUGAACAAUUUAUUGAUUUACAUCUUCAAAAACAGACUUCUUUUUAUCAAGAUGCUAGUUAUUCACCUCCAUCAUCUCUAAGUUCAUCAUCGAGUUCAUUCCUAUCUCAAACACCGAUAUCAACCAAGCAUACACCUAUUUGUUGUCGGAAAUGUGUAAACAACGACGAAGAUAAAAAUCAACUAUCAAGUGACACUGAAGAUGAUUCGCAAUCAACAACAAUCGCAACGAAUUCGCUACCGUCACAACAACAGCAGCAGCAGCAAAACAAACGACCAAGAAGUUUACCAAUAGCAAUACAACAACCGAAAGGUAUCACAGUCGAUAAUAACAACAAUAAUAACGACGAUACUGCUGAAGGCGACGACGACGACGACGAGUAUGCAGAAUUUGAUAAUAGUUUACAGGACUCUCUUACUUGUCAUUGUUCAAUAAGUUCAUCGCGAAAAAAACGUUUUCGAACAUGUGAAUUCAAUCAACAACCGAUAUUUAAUACAGCGGGGUCAGCAAAUGGUUUGUUUUCCGACAAUAAUCAAUUAACAACAGCAACAACAACAACAACAACAACGAGUGAUAAAUUACAUAUUGAUUUAAAAGAUAUUGAUCAUAAAAAUAAUAACGAGCCGUCAACAAUAAAACAACAGAAAAAUUCUUUAGAUCAUUUUAUUAUGAGUCCAACCGAUAAAGUUAAAGUACCAAUGAAAUACCCAUCUAUUAAUAAUGAUAAAGGAAGUGAUAUCAAAAGUAAUGAACUGAAAAUUUCUCAGCCUGAAGAUAUUGAUUUUAAAAGAUCAAAACAAAAAGCUAUUCGUGUGCUUUAUCAAAAUCGACUUAAUCUCAACAGUAUUCGAACUCCGGUGCCACGUCAAACUCCAAAGAUAUUUCCAUUGAGAACAGCAACAUGCCAUGGAGAUUCUCCAUUGGCUAAACGAACGAGUAAUCCACGCCUAUUAAGAAGUGUUUUAUCGUGCAGUGCAUUUGAAACUGAUGAUGAACAUGAAGUAGUUUCAUCGACAACUAUUGCUAAUCAAGCCGGUGUUAAUGGGGCACGUGAAAAGUCCUAUAUUGAAACAUUCAAUAGUUUACGUGGCAAUUUCACUGAAUCGUUAUUAAAUGGAAAAAUUCUUCCGUGUGAUAUACUUGAUGGUUUUACAGUUAAAUUAGGUGCAAGUGGACUUUUUAUGCCUAAACAAGUAGUGUUACCAGUGACUACGUUUUGGUUUAAUGUAUCGGAACAUCAGGCAGCAUCGCCUUAUCUCGGUUUCAUUAAUUUGCAAUGUCUACCAAAACGUGGUUAUCAUGCUCCGACCAAAGGCACGAUAACCUUAGCUUUAUUGAAUCCAAAUGGAACAGCUAUACAUUUAUUUUUAAUAUUAUAUGAUUUAAGUGAUAUGCCACCUGAUCAUCGAACAUUUAUACGUCAACGAAUUGUUCUUAUGCCAGAAAAUGCCGGUGAUGGUACAAAAAAACCUGAAAAAACAUCUUCAUCAAAAGGAAAUCUCAGAUAUUUAGCUCAUAUUCGAUUCGUAACAUCACAAACGGGUAAAUUAUAUAUGCAUUCCGAUAUACGAUUAAUAUUUGCACGUAAUAAACUUGAUUAUGAUGAUCGAACAGCUGGCGGAAAAGCACAACUAGUGACAUUAACAGAUAUACCAACGCCGAAAUAUUGGUCACGUAAAUAG